AAAAGAUCUAUUCAAGUGGAACAAAUUCGGCCCGUGUUUGGUGUGGAAAACCAGAAAUGGCGUGGUUUGUUUCGUUCGCCGUUGCACUGCCAAUGACCUAGAGUAUUUGCAUUUGAUGAUUAAAUGCCAUCAGCUGCCGAGGCGCCUCUCUGUUCCUCGCCCCUUCCCACUUUAAGCGCUCUAUCGUUCAUCGAGAUAGGUCCGUCGGCAGAGAGUGCGGAGGCUUUGAAGUGCAUCCAGCAUAUGGCUGGAGAGAAGAAAGUUUGGCAUGAUUUUUGUUCCACUGCUUUUCUCCCCAAAAGGGUAGUUUGAGGUGGUUUUCGAAUUGCAUGGUGAGCUCGUUCGUAAUUGUCGACGCAUAGACUGGGUCUAUGCGUAUGUGUGACUGUGUCUGUGUGUGUAGUAUAGUAGGGUGCGUGCGUCGUGCAAUAGUGUGUGUGUGUAGGAUGAAUGAAAAACGUCAGUGCAUUUGACAGAAGAAGCUGACGAGAAAGUUUUCCAUCGUCUAGUGCCAGCAGAGGAGCAAUCGGGUCUGUAUGCAAAGACGAAGCAAGCUGGUGUGUGAUAUCCAGGUUGGCAAAACAUUGUGAAAGUGGAUACUGUGUACGUUGCAAUUGCUUGCAAGGGUAGAAUGCAACCAAAGUGUAUUAGCUCCGAAUUAGCAGGAGCGGUCACCACCACCACCACGUUGCUUUUUCCCCACAAAUCGUGUUGCCGAUGUCCCGAUCCUGUGUUAUAAACCCGUUCCCGUUUUGUAGGUGUCGCCUAUUUCAACAACAACAACAACAACAGAAGUACCAACAACAAAAUUUUGGUUGAUAAAUGUCUGAACAAAUGGUGAUUCGGUGGUAGUCAGGACGAGUCCCUCAGUCGAAAUCGGAUAGCCGUGGUCCAAAGUGUCCCAAACAGGAAACCAGCACUGCAAUGGAAUAAUCGAUCCCUGGGUGACGACACACACACGGAACAGAUUCUCCAACUGUCACAAGAAAAAAGUGUUUACGAGAUUGCUGUGUAGCGAAGAGAAGCAGAACCGCCGCGUAAUACACACGCACAUAACAUACCGUCGGAGCCACUGGUACUGCAACCCCCUUGUCCAUAGUGUGGCUACUGUCAAAACACCUCCCGAUCGACAAAACACGUUUUUGCUCGGGGGUCGUGACACGAAGAAUCGGACACAGUUUGCUGCGUAUUAGUAUUUGUGCGUGUGUGUAUCAGUAGUGCUUUAGACGGACAGCGCGUGUGUGUGUGUGGGUGUUUUUUCUGCAUCAAAUAUUGUAAAACUUCUUCGUGCGUGUUGCAUUGCGUGCAACUGAACGCGAUCGUAAUUGUGGGCGCCGCAGAUUAUAAUUGGUGAAACAAACAUUUCCAGUCCGGCUUCCCAUUCCCGCACCGCAAGGGUUCCGAAGCGACGGAUAGGCGAGCAGAUGAGCAGGAGUGGCAGUAUGGCCGAAAAGACGGUCUCCAACAGUCUACCGCCGUCGUCGGCCCAAUCAAAGGUCACGGUCGGGGGCAGCAGUAGUGUCGCUGCCGGCGUUACGGGAGGAAUACACCAUCAUCACCAUCAUCACCAUCAUCAUCACCACAAUCACCAUAAAUCGAUGGAUAUGGGCGGCACGGGCAAGAUGGGAGUUGGAAGUAAACAUCACACUAAUGUAAUUCAGCGGACUACGAGUGAAAGUUUACGAUUGGGCGGAGGUGGCGCUGGGAGCGGCUCCCCAAUGAACAACAGCGUUAGCGGCAGUGGCGGAGGAACAUCGAUGACUAGUACUGGCGGUGGCGGGGGAAACGGGAAUAUCGGAAGUAAUGAAAACUCCAGCAGCAGUAUGCUAAAUUCGUCCUCAUCGGCGAACAGUAUUUCACGCAAGAGUACCAGCUCGUCGGCAAGCAUGGGCGGCGGCGUUGGCAGUGCCGGUGGCGGUAGUGGUGGCGUUGGCGGUGGCGCUGGCGGUGGCACUGGCGGUGGCGCUGGUGGUAGUGCUGGCGGUGGCGCUGGCGGUGGCGCUGGCGGUGGCGCUGGAGGUGGCGCUGGCGGUGGCGGUGGAGCUGUGAUCGGUAUUGGCGGUCCUGCUGGAACCGGUGCCAAGACCUCUUCGUUUACGAUCACUUCGGUGAUCGUUGGUCCAGGAAGGCACAGCGCAGACAAUGGCGAUGAUUCGGCGGACGAUCUGGACGAGUCACACACGGACGACAAUAGCCGGAUAACGGAUUUCGAAAACGAAACGCCUAGUUUCUCGGAGGAUACAUUUAGCAAAGAGGAUGUGUUUUUCGGUACGAGCGCGAUUGGAAGUGUGCCGGUCAUUCCGACGAGCUCGCAGUACGGGUUGGCGAUCGUGGCACCCAAUGAUAGAACGAACGGUGGCGAAGUGCUCACGGAUGCAAUGAACGUCACUGUCACGGACAGUGGCAUUAACAUAAUGGGACACGGCAAGAGUGAGGUAAACGAAGGGAAGGAGGUGCAUCAUCGAAACGAGCGGUUUAAGGUGGUCAAAAUAGAAAGUACCGAACCGUUCAAGCGUGGCCGUUGGGUGUGUAUGGAUUAUCUCGAUCACACCACGUUGCAGCAGCCGAAAGAAAUCUCUGGUGGUGGGGAGAGUAGCGAAGUCAGCAGCACCCCUAAUGCCACCGUUACCACGCAGGACAGUGGCGUCGGUAAGAACGACAAAGCUAGCUACGCACCUUCGGAAGGGAAGACCGUCGGAGAAUUUCCCGGAAUGGACUACUACCAGAAUGCGGUCAGUUCGUCAUCGAUUGUGUUGGGUGGGCCGAUGACGGCGGCGACGUCCAUCGCGUCGAAUAGGAGUAACAUGAUGCUCGGGAUGUUAAACAACGAAUCUCCCGGACAGAGUCUAAAUCUUUCGCUCGUUGGUGGAAUUUCAGGUGGAGGAGUGGCUCCCGGAACCGUGGGCAAUGCGACUAGUCACAUUCAGUCCGGCACUACUGGCCUGGUCAAGGGCCCUAUGGUUGGGACUGGAAUGCCGCACAGUUUACCUCAGUCACAGCUCCAGAAUGCUCUGGCGGGCCAGCCACCGAUGCAACAGCACAUAACGUACACGCAAGGACAUCCAGGACAAUACUAUCCCCAUACGAUGACGAAUUUGGCCGAACUGAACCAGCAGUCUGUAUCGAAUCUACAGGCACAACACCACCACCUCCUCCACCACCACCACCAACACGGUGCUACCCUUCCAAGCAACAUGCAAAUACACAUGCAAUUACAUCAUCCCCAUCAGCAGCAGCCCGGCCACCCACUCCUCUCUUCCAGCAACAUGCUUCCACCACUGGUCGUGCCCAUCCCAACAUCACAGGAGAUGAACAUUAUGAUGAACAAUCCGUCGAUCCAAUCGAGCUUCCCAUCGCCCCACCAACAGUUUAAGCCCCAGAAGCCACAGCAGACUGCCUCCCAGACCAACUCGCCCAUUGUCGUCCCAACGUCCCUGAUCGACAACACGGUCGUCGCAGGCAUGCCUGGCGAAAAUGUGCCUCUGAACGGUGUCAGCGCGGGAGCAAAAAUAUUAUCCCCAUCUGCCGGGGCCGGAGGCGUCGUAUCAAAUGUUUCUACUGGGGGCGUUAGUGCUCACGAUACAGCUGGUUCUGUAUCGAUCGGCACGGAUUCACUGAUGAAUUCUGCACCAUCGGCCACCUCCUCGCCGGUGACGUCGUCUGUUCAGUUAAUUCCACAAUCCACUACGGUCCCGACCCAACCAGCUCCUGGUGCUUCGAUCGGUUCGUACGGUGAUGCUACGACCAUUGCUGCUGCCGCCGCAGCACAGGUGAAGCAGAACACGCACGUCCCAACUUCCGUCAUUAACAGCGUCAUCGGUGGCAACGCUGUUGCGAAUGGGGCAAACUGCGUCGUUGCUGUCGGAUCCCCGUCAUCUAGUGGUGCGAUCAAUGCAGCGAAUUCGAUCUCUGUUGGGACGAUCCCCGGUACCUCGGCCGCAGACCAGCAAUCAUCAGAAGCGAAGCAGCUGUCCACUGUGUCCGGUGCCACGACUGCAGCUGCCACCGGUGAUGGUGAGGAAACGGAUAAAGCGAACGCCGAAGAAGGUGAAAGCAGCAGCGGACUGCAGGCGCAACAGCAGUCGUACCAACUGCAGCCUAUGCCAUCUGCGCAGCAACUGCAGCAGCCGCAGCAGCAGCAGCAGCAGCAGCUACAGCAGCAGCAACAGUUCAUUGUUAAUCCUUUUCCCGAUGCAAACUUAUGGAAUGAAAGCUUCCAGUAUGCUUCACCAGACAGGGGUAUCAUGUUGCCCAAAUUAUACCCACAAAUCGCUCAGCAGCCGCAUCAGAUGCAGCAGCAGCAACCGUUCCAACCGUAUCAUGCCCCGCUGUAUCACGAUAAUGCAGAGAAGCUGUCGAAAGCGUACUCGCUGCCACCGUCCAAGGGUGCCGCGGCGAAGGAAUCGCUUCGAAAGGAUCUUGCUCAAAGUCGCCUAGAACAGCAGCAACAGCAGCAUGCACGAAAAUUUCAACCUGUUGCACGCGCUUUUAAUGUCCCGAGCAGCACGGCAGGAACCACUAACAACGCUCCGAGUAUGACGAACAUAGCAAAUCAAGGAAAUGGAAGUAAUAUCUACACCGACAUUGCACUGGGGAAAACAAUUCAAACACUCAUGAAACCUACGCCAAUACUGGCGACGGCAGUGGCUAAUCGCUUGACCGGCGGUUCGUUGACCCGUUCGAUCGGUGCCCUUGGGCCAUGCCGAGAGCUGCCAGAAGGAGGCACUGCUGGAGCACAGGAAGCGGCUGGCUACUGUCGAGCCGCCAGCAAUCUGCUGGGAAAUUUCACCGGCAGCAACAGCGUGAGCGCGUGCACGGUAACGCAUCCGCAUCGGUGUGUGCAAGACUUGAUCAAGGAGGAACUCGGUGCCAAUCGUCUGAGUAAAGCGGGUAGCAUGAUAAAUAUGAGCACCGAUUCGGAACUGUUUGCUGCUAGCGGUUCGCUGUCACAUCCUGCAUCGGGACGCUCGAGUCCGGCAUUCAUGCAUGGAUCAACGCCGGUCGGUAGUCCGCCACGAUUUGUAAAUACCCUAGGUCCUGCGUACGGUGCCGGUGGAGGAAGUGCCCGUGUUAGCAGAGCUGCCUCACCCUCUGUUCUUCAUGCAAGCCCUGGCGGAGAACACGCAAGUGCUUCGGGAACAAGUGCGGUCGCUAUCGAUAACAAAAUCGAGCAAGCAAUGGAUCUGGUCAAAUCGCACCUUAUGUUUGCUGUACGUGAAGAAGUUGAAGUACUAAAAGAAAGGAUAUCUGAACUGAUGGACCGUAUCAACCAACUCGAGUACGAAAACAACAUUCUCAAAGCGAACGCAUCACAGGAAACGCUGGCACAGCUGACCACCGGUGGUAGUACAGUAGCAGCAGCGGCGGCAGUCGCAGCAGCUGCCGCAGCAGUGGCACAGCAGCAGCUCACGGCGAUGCCAAACGUCCAUGUUGGCUCCACCAAAGUACCAACCUCCUCGGCAAACCCUGCCAACGGUUCCGUUUCCUAAGCUUAAUGUUCCAAAACAGCCGUUAGACGUACACUUGACAUAAAGACUAUUAUAAUUACUAGUACUACUAACCGAAGCAAGCAACAUCAUCACCGAGAGCAUCGAGUGCGCGUAGAGAAGACGCAAACAUUUCGCAAAUAUAGAGGGCCGGUGCUCUAGACCACUCGUAAAAAAAAUUGAGCAGACUAGGACGCCGUUCAUCCUGUGUUGUUUGCAAUACUGCCUCCUAGUUCGAGUCCGAGUGACUGGCGCGCUCUGUGAUUGAUGACGCGCGCGGACAAUAGUGUUCCAACUCAGGCACUGGUUGUCUCAAGGGAGGAGUGAAUCGUGGGUUGAUGCUGCUCGACACUCAUGCUUCUCAACUUCUAUUCCAAGUCCCUGUUAGUAUUAACGUUUUUGCACACCAGACCCACUGAUCUUGUUCACACAUUUCCUCGAAAACAGCAGUUCCGAAUAUUAUCCGUGUUUGCGGAACGGCACUACAAUAAAAUGGUUGAAAUUUUGGAGCGUAAGCAGCAUGGGAACACAACCGAAGGAUGGGAUGUAUGCUAGAAUCAAUUAGGUCCAGAGUAAGCGAAACACUAGGGAAAUCGGGAAUUCCAUUACGCAUGUAGCUAAAGCGAACGACAGCGUGUGAAGUACGCAAACCACACUAAAAAUAAAAGGAAUUCUCGAAGGAAGCAACACAUACACAUGCUAGUGGUGGUCAUCGCAAACGUAAAGAUGAAUCACGAACAGUAAAGGAAAAUAAGAUAAUGUUGCCAAUGGUAGUUGAAACGUAUCUAAUCAUUCUGAAACCCGUAUGAACCGUAGUAUCACUUCGUAGAAGUAGUCGGUAAGGUAAUGUGUAUUGGUUUAAAAAGCCGGAACCAUUGACCACCUUAACAAAACAGGCAUCGAGUUAAAACCGGCGAUGCUACUGGCCAAAGUACCGGCCUAUCUUGUUCGAACAGUAGCAGAGUAAUAUGCACAGUGGUCUAAAUUACAUACACGAUACAGCUUUAGCACGAUGCAACUGCUUCCAGAAUUGUGCAGGGAGUGUGAGUCGUGGUGAAGACAAAGGGUUAGCGCAACGUUGCAGAACACGGAAAGAAGCCAACAAACGGAACUGAGAUACACGAAAAUGUGAUUUAAUGAUAGGAAGUGACUAGUGACAAGCGAAAGUGUCAGAUGGAAAGGCAGAGAUUGCAUCAUACAUUUAGCCAACUUCCAAAGCAAGUAUAGGUUAUGAAUUGCACCGGAGAGUAAUAAACAAACGCCCUAACACAUGCUGAUCAUAACACAGCAUUAUCCAAACUAUUUGCUUUUAUUUCAAAGUAUUCAUAUAUACUGUGUUUUAGUCGUUGGAUUUUUGUGUCUACAUACGUUGCAUCCAUUGUCAAGCUGGUCAUCACUGGAACAAAGCAGUGUCAAGUUAUUAUUGGCUUUCUACUUUUCGCUGACAACUCUACACCUCAAACCGAACGCUCUGUCCUUUUUUACUGUUCCGCGCGUGCAAUGUAGCACCGAAGUAUGGUCCAGAAACGGGUUAACAAAAUAGAAGUGGGCGAGGGACGACAUAAUCCUAUCUUACCGCCCAUGGAUGUAGUAGUAGUACUGGUGGAAGCAAUAUUUUGUUAAAUUAUUUCAUUUUUUAGUGUUUGCUUUUGAGCUACCGUUGCGUUGAUUUUAGUAUAAACCCGAUCAAUCAUAGGAAAAGUAUCACAAGAAAAAGCAGGUCUUUGUGUGAGUUUACGAGUACGAACGAUCAGCAAAAAAUAAUAGAAAAGGGCUGGUAAAAAGGCAAAUACAUGUGAUCCGUUUGUACAUAAUGAUGAUAGGAGGGAAUGUUUAGGAAAAAAGCAAGAGAUUUAUCGAGCUAGAAAGCACGAGAGCAGAUUGUACCACACACAUGUGCGCGCGUUCAUGCCAUGGGCGUUUGAAAUAGGUAUAAAAUACAUGUAAACUAAUCACAAAACUGGUCCGUGAAGCGAUGGUAGUUUGAACAUUGUUGAGUGAACGUCACCCAGACAGCUGCAGCAAGUGAUCGUGAUAUGAUAUGAAGCGAGAGAAAGAUAGGCGAUGUUUGCGGCUCGUGCUUUUUUACUGUUUGUGUUUUAAUGCCGUGCCCGUGUAGACUCUUUGGUACCAAGUACCAGGCGCAUGCCAGGCGGAUUUGCGCAAAAUGAAAUGAAAGUAAACCACUGUUAUCACUAUUGCUUUACACUGCAUGCACACAACACAACAGAUAGCAGAACACAAAAGAAGCAAAAGAUUUAACCGAUCAACGACAUGGAGACGAGCUGAUUGAUUGUGAGCUGAAUCUUAUUACACCAUAUAAUUACCAACACGGAACAAUUGGGUCACGCGUAUAUGAGAAUGCAAUACAUUUAAACACCGCCCAGCUGUACCAAUCUAUACACCGGAAAAAAUCCAUACCAACACACGAGAAAGGGGAAAAUAUGUUAAAGAUGCACAGCAGUCGGUCAUCUUUAUGAGGAGCAUAUGGUUUAUAUUUUUAUUAAAGAAUGCUACAAAAUACAUGAAUCGAUGAAAAUGUUGAUGGCUAACACACCAGCAUCAAACUAACUUGUGUGGAGUGAAGACCGGGCAAAACGAAACAAGUCAUGAAAGCAUAAAUAAUAGAUAACCCUAACUGCUUGUCAUCCGCGUCUAGCGAUUAAGUUUAAUAGGGCAAGCUGUUUAAUCGAACAAUUCCUACUCGCGGAAAGCAGAAGCAAACAUAGUAAAGCGCGUAGGAAAUUGAACAGUCUAUUUGGUAAGAAAGCAGAUGAAUAUGUAUGUGCCCCUACAAGGAAGCGUUUGGUUUCUCUUUUGGUUUUCGCAGAAUCUGAAGAAAUCUUGUUUCCGAUCACUAUCGCUUUAAUUUCCUCCGCGAGUAAACAGGUCACGUUUAUUUACAUUUAUUACUUUUUUAUUUAUUGCAACACAAGAUCCUAUCAAAUAAUCCUACUAGAAUGCAAAUCAAAAAAAAAAUAAAAAAAAUAACAAAACAUGAAUCGAAAUUACUGUAAAUGAUGUGUGUGUGUGUGUUGAUGAACGCGGUGCACUUAACCGUGCAUUGUAAUGAUGCGGAAAAAGAAAGUACUGACGAAAACGAAAACAGAUUGUAAUAAAUCUAAACACGGAA